AAAGGCCGAGGAGCAGCGUUGUGCUUUGCCCGAGGGGCUGGAGGCCGGGUUCAAAGGGAAGGCGCGCGGGGGUUUUGUGCGUAGUCUGGGGCUGAGGAGAAGCACGUUCCCGGGGCACGGUGCUAACGCUCCUCUCCUUGCUCUGUUGCAGACUCUGCCAUAUUCCCCACCAUGGGUGACAUGAAAACUCCAGAUUUCGAUGACCUGCUGGCAGCUUUCGAUAUUCCUGACAUCGACACGAACGAGGCCAUCCAUUCCGGGCACGAGGAAGCUGAUGCUCACAUCAAGCCAGUCCCCGGGGAGCCGGGACCCCCAGACCACGUCCUCCCCCACACGGACAUCACCGCUGUCAGCGUGAUCGUGAAGAACACGGUCUGCCCCGAGCAGCUCGAUGCCCUGGACGGGCGCAGCAAGGAUGGGCACGUCAUCGGGCCCCGCUUGCUGCAGAAUGGCUUUGGGGCCACCGAGAUGCCCAGGUCCCCCACCGCCAGGUCCGUGGAAGCCGUGGCAUCCUCCAACGGGGAGUGCUGGGUGAAGGAGAAAGGCCCCAAACCCCUGGAUAUCUUCUCCCACUUCAGCCCCGAUCCCAACGAAGACAACGCUGCCAACCUGAUCGACAGACCCCGGGAGUGUAAGCCGAAGGAGAAGUCCCUCGCCGUGCCCUCGCUCUCCCCGUCUCCCACCCCGUCGCUGGACUGCAAAGAGCCCCUGGGAGAGAGCACGGAGAACCUGCCGCCGGCUUUCCCACAGCCCUUCGAGACCAGCCAGGCUGGGGGUGCCAGCGGGUCCCCCCCUACCAUCCCCUGCAUCAAGAAAGAGGAGUCCGACUCGGAGGAGGUGGGCCGCGAAGCCAGCCCGAAGGGUUUGGCUGCGGCCUUGGCUGACAGUCCCUUGGAUCACCUGAAAUCUGUCACCGUUCGCUACUCCACGGAUGAUUCUCCCAUCGUGGCCUGGCCCGGUUCUGACCCAAACCUCGACAGCAGCACCAACAACCUUCCUGAAGUGAAACACUCACCCGCCAGCCCCCGCGAGCCCUUCUUCAAGCCUUCCUCGCCCGUGGUACAGAGCCCCCGGCUCCCCCCUUCUCCAAAGCAGCUGGACAACAUCACCCUCAAGGAAGAGCAAGAAGUGCUGGAGAAGUCGAUGGGAAGUCCGCAGAGUAUGUCCAGCGCCGAGGAAGAGGAGGAGGAAGAAGACAACAACAACGAUUCCCCUUCUUCCAAUUCCUCGCGGCCCCUGAAAGUGCGGAUUAAAACCAUCAAAACGUCUUGUGGCAGCAUCACCCGGACGGUGACCAGGGUCUCGUCGGAUUCGGAGCCGGGCUCCACCAAGGGGCCGUCGGAGCAGAGCUCGCAGGAGGCUUCUCUCGAGGCUGCCGGCUUCUCGGCGUCAGCAGAGAAAGAGGAAGGGAUCGUGCUGGAGGUGCCCAAGGAGAAAAUGGAGCUCUCCAGCCCCUUGAAAACCAUCGAGGGGCCAAAGAUCGUCAGCGUCCAGCUCGGCAACGGCACCAAGCUCAAGGGCACUGUCCUGCCCGUCUCCACCAUCCAGAACGCCAGCAGCGCCAUGCUGAUCGCUGCCAGCGUGGCGCAGCAGAAAUCCGUGGUGCUGCCGGCCAAGACGGGGAAAGCCGUGGCCAAGAACAUCAUCAACCUGGUGCCCCAGACCCUGCCCAAAGCCGACACC